AGGGAGGUAUAAAGAGAGGGAGGGAGUAAUAUAAGAGAGGCAGCCAUAGAAGGAGAGGUGACAGAGUAGAUUAUCCUCCUCUCCUCCUCUCUGCCAGCCUCAUCAUGUUCAUGCUGCAGAUGUUGACUGUUAUCUUUCUGACUGUUAUUCUCCUGGCAUCUGUGGAAGGUAAAGGUGUGCAGAUGCAAAGGGAUAUCCAGUGCUGCAUGUUGUACUCCCAGGGCAAGGUGCGUACCAAAGAUGUGUUGCGGUUUGAGGUGCAGACGGAGGGGCCCGACUGCAGUAUACAAGCCAUCAUUCUUUACACGAAGAAGGCGGUGAAGUGUGCAGACCCCAGAGACCGGAAGGUGAAGAGGUUGCUGAGGAAGCUCCUGCAGAGACAGAGAGUCAAGGCCCACCGAACCACGUGGCUCCUUCCUCGUGACAACCUGCCUGUCAUGUCAGAGGACAAGAAAGAUAACUGGGCGGUUCUCAAUGUGGAGUGAUGGAGCGCCGUCAAAUAUGGAGGAAAACCCAUAGUCAUAGGCCAAGUAAACUUUCAGCAGCUCGUCAUCCUUACACGGCGCAGCUUGCUGACUCUCCAAUAGUCUCGUCUCUCUCUCUAUCUACACUAUCCGUCUCCCUGGGACCAGACCUGGGCAGCAAUACAUAUUUAAAAUGGCUUUAGAUAUUUAAACAUGAACUGUGCUUGAAAUAUUCUCAAACACACGGCUGGAACAGCCUCAACCGAGGAGUGUUUACUUGUAAGAUACGUUGAAUUGAUUUUUUUUUUUAAAUGGCUCAUACUGUUAUUUGCCAGAGUCUGACUGGAAGUGUCUCCCUCUGCAACAUUACUACUUGUGGCUGAUGUGAAAUCAGUGAAAAAAGUGUAAUUAAGCAAACGAUAAACAAGCAGUGAUAUUUAUAGAAUGUUGUACAUCAGCGAGAUACUCUAUGCUUAUUUGUGACUUGUAUUCUUUAGUAAUGUGUUUAUAACACUGCACACAGUAAAGUAGUAGGGUUUCAUCACAGUGCAGUGUGCAAAAUAUCGGGGAACUUCUCUCUAUAUAGUAACUUUGUUUGGUUCCAUCCAGUUGUCUUAAAGUUUAAAAAUCCUUCUUCAGGCUUUGACCUGAUGCAUUUGACUGUUAGACAGGUGAAAUCAAAGUGGGAUCAGAGAGAAGAUUUCAACAUGAUACAACUUCCCGUGUCACAUAAAGAGCAAAUGUUCCUAAUGUUCCUGAUAUGUUGUCCACUCUGUAAAUUGACUGUUUGUACUGUAAACUCAGCAUGAAACCAGAGUCAAUCUGUUAAAAUGAGGCCCUCAGGCAUCUACCCGAGAUUUAAAUAUCUACGCAUUUGCAGUUUACAUUUGUCUAUUUCACCAAUAGUCCGUCACUAAACUAUGCCAAAGUAUUCAUGAUUCAAUUCACCACAUGGCAAGGCUGUUUAAAACGUAGAGGGCUCAAUUGUGUGUGAAGCACACAAGUAUUGUAUUGUAGAAGAAUGCACUGUAUGUUAAAACACAGUAUCUCAAGUGAACUAUUUUAUAAAUUAAUCUGAAGUAAUAACCAAA